GCGAAACAAUGCCAUCUGGGAUGACACCCAGAAGUACUCACAUCUGGCAUUUCAACAAUACCUGAUGAAGAGACUAUGGCAAGCACUUUAUGAAAAUGUGUUUCAUUUUCUCAAUAAUAUGCUGAGACCACAUGAAGUAUUUGGUCACCACACUCUUUUAGAGAGUGUCAUAGGAGAACCAGAUUUCAUACAGAAAGAUUCAAACGAGGUGUUAUUGAGGUAA